CAGGGGUAUUAGCCUAACGCCAGUUGUGACAAAAUUACUGGCCUCGAUUAUCGUUCGUCGCCUCACUGCAGAACGAGAAUCUCGGAUUAGAGAAGAGCAGGCCGGUUUUCGCCCAGGACGUGGCUGUAUAGACCAUAUAUUUACUUUGCGGCAGGUGCUAGAGCAGCGCCACGCAUACCGCAGACCGACAAUAGCUGUGUUCCUCGAUUUCAAGAGUGCGUUCGAUUCAGUCGAUCGAUCGAUUCUGUUCGAAAUACUUGCGCGGAAAGGUGUUCCCACGAAAUAUGUGAACAUCCUUCGUGCUCUAUACUCGAACACUAGAGGCCGCGUCAGGGUCUAUGGUGCCCUAUCAGAUAGCUUUUCGACUACAAGUGGCGUUCGACAGGGUUGCCCGAUUUCCCCAUUUUUGUUCAAUUUCGU